GACUAGACAUUCGGUCAUAGAAGCCGUGGUGCUGCUGGUGGAGGAGGAGGUGGAAGAAGUGGUGUAGUUCUGUGGUGGGGAGGCGUUCAAGCCACGUCGGUGACACAAAUCAUCGCUCGAACGCCGAUCCAAGCAGGAUCCAGCAGUCAUGUCAACCCCAGAUCCCCCCAUGGGAGGCAACCCUCGCCCAGGUCCAUCCCCGGGUCCAGGUCCCUCUCCUGGAGCUAUGCUGGGUCCCAGCCCAGGUCCUUCCCCAGGCUCCACUCACAGCAUGAUGGGACCGAGUCCUGGACCUCCUUCCUCUGGACUCCCUCAGCCAGGCCCAUCUGGGUACGGCCAGGACAACAUGCACUCCAUGCACAAACCCAUGGAGGCCAUGCAUGACAAGAGUAUGAGCGAGGAGAGUCGCUUCAGUCAAAUGAAAGGAAUAUCAGUGAGGCCUGGCGGGCACAGUGGCAUGGCCCCCCCACCCAGUCCACUGGACCAACAUUCACAAGGUUACCACUCUCCAUUAGGUGGCUCAGAUCAUUCUAGUCCAGUCCCGUCAAACGGUCCGCCAUCUGGACCUCUACUUCCAUCCUCCUCCUCAUCUUCCUCUUCGAUUGGCCCUGGAUCUACCUCCACACCUUUAGAAGGCCCCAGUGGAGAUCAGCACACAUUGGGCCCCAACAACCGCCCAGGAGCACUUGGCAGUUCAGGGCCUGGUCCCAGCCCUGCACCUAACCUAGGCUCCACUGUCCCCAGCCUAGUGGCAGGCCUUGAAUCCUCCAGUGGCCUUGCUGGACCUGGAGGUCCUGGCGGCCCUGGGGGUCCUACUCCUUUCAACCAGAGCCAACUGCACCAACUGAGAGCUCAGAUCAUGGCCUAUAAGAUGCUGGCCCGGGGUCAGCCCCUGCCAGACCACCUCCAGAUGGCCGUGCAAGGGAAAAGACCUAUGCCCGGGAUGCAGCAACCUAUGCCGAGCUUGGCUCCAGGAGGUGGACCACCAGGACCGAUGAGUUCAGGCUACAGCCGAGCUCAUGUAGGAAUGAUGGGUCCCAAUAUGCCUCCCCCUGGUCCACCAGGUAGUGCAACUGGGAUGCAAGGACAAAACCACAAUGGACCACCCAAGUCUUGGCCUGAAGGCCCGAUGGUGAAUGCAGCUGUGCCAUCCAAUGCCCCCCAAAAGCUGAUCCCUCCUCAACCCACAGGACGACCGUCUCCUGCUCCCCCCUCAGUCCCCCCCGCGGCCUCCCCUGUUAUGCCUCCGCAGACCCAGUCGCCCGGCCAGCCGGCACAGCCUCCUCCCAUGAUGCCUUACCACAGCAAGCAGAGCCGCAUAACCCCCAUUCAGAAACCCUGCGGCCUGGACCCAGUGGAGAUUCUGCAGGAGAGGGAGUACAGGUUACAAGCUCGCAUCACACAUCGCAUUGCUGAGCUGGAGAAUCUGCCAGGCUCUCUGGCUGGAGAUUUACGUACCAAAGCUACAAUCGAGCUGAAAGCUCUCAGACUUCUUAACUUUCAAAGACAGCUGCGACAGGAGGUGGUGGUGUGCAUGCGUCGUGACACAGCUCUUGAAACGGCUCUGGACGCCAAAGCGUACAAACGCAGCAAACGGCAGAGUCUGCGAGAGGCCCGCAUCACAGAGAAACUGGAGAAGCAGCAGAAGAUUGAACAAGAGCGCAAACGCAGACAGAAGCAUCAGGAGUAUCUCAACAGCAUCCUUCAGCAUGCCAAAGACUUCAAGGAGUACCAUCGUUCCAUCACAGGCAAAAUCCAAAAAUUGACCAAAGCUGUGGCCACUUAUCAUGCCAACACUGAGCGAGAGCAGAAGAAAGAGAACGAACGCAUUGAGAAAGAGAGAAUGAGGAGACUUAUGGCUGAGGAUGAGGAGGGCUACCGUAAACUGAUCGACCAGAAGAAGGACAAGCGUCUGGCCUACCUGCUGCAGCAGACUGACGAGUAUGUGGCCAACCUCACGGAGCUGGUCAGAGCACACAAAGCUGCACAGGCCCUCAAGGAGAAGAAGAAGAAGAAAAAGAAAAAGAAGAAGGUGGAAAGCCCUGAAGGACAAGCUCCAGCUCUGGGUCCUGAUGGAGAGCCUCUGGAUGAGACCAGUCAGAUGAGUGACCUGCCUGUGAAGGUCAUCCAUGUGGACAGUGGCAACAUCUUGACUGGGGUGGAUGCUCCGAAGGCAGGACAGCUGGAAACGUGGCUGGAGAUGAACCCUGGCUAUGAGGUGGCUCCACGCUCUGACAGUGAAGACAGUGAGGAUGAAGAGGAGGAAGAGGAGGAAGAGGAGGAGCAUCAGCCUUCAACAGCGCCAACAGAAGAAAAGAAGAAGAUUACAGAUCCCGACAGCGAGGAUGUAUCGGAAGUCGACGUGCGACACAUCAUCGAGAAUGCUAAACAGGAUGUGGAUGAUGAGUACAGUGGAGCGGCAUUUGCCCGAGGACUUCAGUCUUACUACGCUGUGGCUCAUGCUGUAACUGAGAAGGUGGAAAAGCAGUCCACUUUGUUGAUAAAUGGACAACUCAAACAGUACCAGAUUAAAGGUCUGGAGUGGCUGGUGUCCCUCUACAACAACAACCUGAAUGGCAUCUUGGCUGAUGAAAUGGGUCUAGGCAAAACCAUCCAGACUAUUGCACUUAUCACGUACCUCAUGGAGCACAAGAGGCUCAACGGACCCUACCUCAUCAUCGUACCUCUCUCGACUCUUUCGAACUGGGUGUAUGAGUUUGACAAGUGGGCACCCACGGUUGUUAAAGUGUCCUAUAAGGGUUCUCCUGCAGCAAGAAGAGCCUUUGUCCCUCAGUUGCGUAGUGGCAAGUUUAAUGUUUUACUCACCACCUAUGAGUACAUCAUCAAAGACAAACAAGUCCUGGCCAAGAUCCGUUGGAAGUACAUGAUCGUGGAUGAGGGCCACCGCAUGAAGAACCACCACUGUAAGCUGACCCAAGUCCUAAACACGCACUACCUGGCGCCACGGAGGGUACUGCUGACCGGAACGCCGCUGCAGAACAAGCUCCCCGAGCUGUGGGCGCUGCUCAACUUCCUCCUGCCUACCAUCUUUAAGAGCUGCAGCACCUUUGAGCAAUGGUUCAACGCCCCCUUUGCAAUGACCGGAGAGAAGGUGGAUCUCAAUGAAGAGGAGACUAUCUUGAUAAUCCGUCGUCUGCACAAAGUUCUCCGUCCCUUCUUGCUGCGCAGGUUGAAGAAGGAAGUAGAGGCACAACUUCCAGAAAAGGUGGAGUAUGUGAUCAAGUGUGACAUGUCGUCUCUUCAGCGGGUGCUCUACAGACACAUGCAGGCCAAGGGCGUGCUGCUGACUGAUGGCUCUGAGAAAGACAAGAAGGGCAAAGGAGGCACCAAGACGUUGAUGAAUACUAUUAUGCAGCUGAGGAAGAUCUGUAACCACCCAUACAUGUUCCAGCAGAUUGAGGAAUCCUUCUCUGAACAUUUGGGUUUCUCUGGUGGAAUAGUUCAAGGCCCUGACUUGUAUCGAGCAUCAGGAAAAUUUGAGGUGUUAGAUCGAAUCCUACCCAAACUGCGAGCGACAAACCAUAAAGUGUUGCUCUUCUGUCAAAUGACAUCACUGAUGACCAUCAUGGAGGACUACUUUGCCUACCGCAAUUUCAAAUAUCUGCGUCUAGAUGGCACCACCAAGGCUGAAGACAGAGGAAUGUUACUGAAGACCUUCAAUGAUCCUGAGUCCGAUUAUUUCAUCUUCCUGCUGAGCACUCGAGCAGGAGGCCUCGGCCUCAAUCUCCAGUCUGCAGACACUGUGGUCAUCUUUGACUCCGACUGGAACCCGCACCAGGACCUGCAGGCCCAAGACAGAGCUCACCGCAUAGGCCAACAAAAUGAGGUACGCGUGUUGCGCCUGUGCACCGUCAACAGCGUGGAGGAGAAAAUAUUGGCCGCCGCCAAGUACAAACUGAACGUAGACCAAAAGGUCAUCCAAGCAGGCAUGUUUGACCAGAAGUCAUCCAGCCACGAGCGCAGGGCCUUCCUGCAGGCCAUCCUGGAACAUGAAGAGCAAGACGAGGUCUGGGGUCAGGAAGUGUGUCUACGUAUAAAUGAGGAGGAUGAGGUCCCAGACGACGAGACGGUCAACCAGAUGAUAGCCAGGAGUGAGGAAGAGUUUGAUCAAUUCAUGCGUAUGGACUUGGACCGGCGCCGCGAGGAGGCCCGUAACCCACGCCGCAAACCUCGCUUGAUGGAGGAGGACGAGCUUCCCACUUGGAUCAUGAAGGACGAUGCCGAGGUGGAGCGCCUCACCUGUGAGGAGGAGGAGGAAAAAAUGUUUGGACGAGGCUCUCGCCAACGGAAGGAGGUGGACUACAGCGAUUCGCUGACCGAGAAGCAGUGGCUCAAGCAGGCGAUAGAGGAGGGUACCCUGGAGGAGGUGGAGGAGGAGGUGCGUCACAAGAAGACAACGCGGAAGAGAAAGCGGGAUCGAGACCUGGACCUCCCCGUUCCCUCGUGCUCCUCAGGGGGACGAGGACGAGGAGACAAGGAUGAAGAUGCAAAGAGGCAAAGGAAAAGGGGACGACCGCCUGUGGAGAAGAUAUCUCCCAAUCCCCCCGUCCUGACCAAGAAGAUGAAGAAGAUCAUUGAUGCUGUCAUCAGAUACAAAGAUGGCACCAGUGGUCGUCAGCUCAGUGAGGUGUUCAUUCAGCUGCCAUCAAGAAAGGAGCUGCCUGAGUACUACGAACUCAUCCGCAAGCCUGUGGACUUCAGAAAGAUCAAGGAGAGGAUUCGAGGCCACCGCUAUCGGAGUCUUGGUGACCUGGAGAGAGAUGUCAUGCUGCUUUUCCAGAAUGCUCAAACCUUCAACCUGGAGGGAUCACUGAUAUACGAGGACUCCAUCGUACUGCAGUCUGUCUUCACCAGUCUGAGGCAAAAGAUCGAGAAGGAGGAGGAGAGCGAGGGUGAGGAGAGUGAGGAAGAGGAGGAUGAGCAGGACGACGGAUCAGAGUCUGAAACUCGUUCCGUCAAGGUCAAGAUCCGACUGGGGAGGAAGGAGCGAGGAGGAGAACGUGGAAAGGGACGUAGCAGACGAUCGGGACGCACCAGAGCCAAACCUGUGGUUAGUGAUGAUGACUCUGAAGAUGAACAAGAGGAGGAUCACUCUGUCAGUGCCACUGACGAAGAGUCGUGAAGUGCACUGAGAGAGAGUUGAAGAGAAGAUACGCUAUGAAGGGACCAUCCUCCUGCUCACAGUCAUGGGAAAAAAUGAUUAGACCAGCCUUCAAUUGCUUGUUAAUUUUAAUGUCUGGUUCCACUCUAAGUAUGUUAUCUGAAUAACACAAUGAACACAACAACAUGGAAUUCAGUACAAUGCCAUAGUUAUUCAUGUAAGCACUUCAUUUAUUUUGGUUAUUAACCAGAAAACCAUGGAAAUGGCUAGAAAUACCCUCUUAAAUUAAACUAUUACUAGCUAUUUUUGUUAACAUCAUUAUAUUUGUAAAAACAAAAGCACCUUCAGUUGUGCCAGGCAUUAAAAUGAAGAAAUAAACUGAAAAGAACAAGGCUGGUCUAGUCAUUUUCCCCAUGACUGUACAUAAAUUCCUGUUUUGGGUCUGCAGACUAAAACCUCCAUCCACCCUCAGUCACAACACAAAUACUGUGGAAGAGUUUGAAAAUACAUGCAAAAUAUUGCACUUUAAGGACACAAAUGAGCUUAUUACGUCCUUGGCAACUCAUAAAUGUUGGUUUUUGUAUUCUAAUAUAUGCAUGUUAUGAAUUAGGUCAUUACCAAAAUGCUAUCAUCUCAUUGUGGUAGCAAGUUGAGCGAAAAAAUACGAACCAUUUAUUCAUUCUUUAUAAGGUGCUUAUAACAACAUUAUCAGCCAUUUUAGUUUGGUGAAGUUUACUUUGACAAAGACUACUGCUUUUAAUCCUUAUAGUAACGUAAUUAAUUGUUCAAAAUGAUCUGUAGGUGGAUUCCAAGCCAUUCAAUACAAAGUAUUAUAGUGAACAUGUUUUCAUUAUAUUCAUAUGAAUAUCAUUGCAGGUCUUGUAAUACAGUAUAGAGGUUAAAAAUGGCCAAAGACAUUGCAUAUAAGUCAACUAAAUAGACAGUAGAACAUAGUCUCCAAAUGCUGAGGUUUCAUUGCAGUAAUCCUGCAUGGUGUCCUAACCAACCGUCACAUUUAGAAAGCAUUAUGUACGUUGCAUGUUUGGGUCGGACUUCUUCUUGCGAUCCCGCAGCAUUUUUCCGAUGAUGCCAAAAAAACGUCCGACAGUUGUUUGACUGAGGGUUAAUGGUGGUGGGGCUUCUUUUUGUGUAUGUUUGCCUCAAAGGUAUAUGCUGCUUUAACCUGGUCCCAUAGCACUUCAAACAUCUUAGAAGCACAUCGAGGUCUUCAUCCAUCAAAUAAGUACUGUAUCUUUUAAUUGCGUUCUAAUUUAUGUGGUGAUUUUAGGAUGUUAAAAGCUAUUUCAUCUACUUUUCAUAUUGUUUCAAGACAAAGGACCAGAGGGACAGUAGCUCUUCUCUGCUUGUGAACGCCUCAUGGCUGUACGGUGUGGUAUAUUCUGUAUAGACCAUUUUUUUUGGUGUAUUUAGACUUUUUUUUUUCCAGAACAGUACUGUACUUUAUCAUUACAGUAUGUCAACGGUUGAACUUAGGAAACGUGCAAACAAAACAUCACUUCAUUCUACUUUAACUUUUCAAUCUGUCUGUGCUAUGCUGUGUUGUUGAAGGCAAAUUAAACAAUAAAUUUGUG